AUGAGGGUCCCAAGUCCCGGUGUAGCCCUCACGGCCAAAGCCUUGGUGGAUUCUAUUCUCCUAGAAGACCUGCUGGGUUGCGCGCAGGACUUGGAGGACAUAGCCUAUUCGACGUCGAGACGGAACCGAGUCCACGGCACGGAGGGCCAUCUCAACAGCGUCAACUACUUCGUCGAGCAGCUCAAGUCGGUAGGCGACUACUACAACAUCGAGCUGCAAGAAUUCACGACGGAGGUGACUGUCCAGUCCAAGGCGUCUCUGUCCAUCAACGGGGAGACCCUCGAAGCCGGCGGUUUCUCGUUUGGGAACAACGGGACUUGGGUCGAUAAGCCAGUGGUUUCCGUGGCUAACCUCGGCUGUAAUGCUGAGGACCACCCGGACUCUUUAAGCGGAGCAGUAGCUCUGAUCUCCCGAGGGAACUGCACUUUCGUCCAGAAGAUCACGCUCGCCGGGGAGAAAGGCGCCAUCGGCGCCAUCAUCUACAACAACGCGGCAGCAGGUCUCGCAGCCGGGACUCUCGGUGGUGUCAACGACUUGAUCCCAGUCGGCGGCAUCUCGCGAGCAGACGGCCUCCGCCUCGUCGAACAGAUCACGAAUAACGCGGCGGUAACCUCGUCGGGCGAGUUCUGGCAGUACAUCGCGAACACGACGAGCUACAACGUGGUGGCGAGCACGAAGCACGGGGACGCGAACAACGUGCUGUUCCUGGGCGCGCACAGCGACUCGGUCGAGGCCGGCCCGGGGAUCAACGAUAACGGCAGCGGCUCGUGCGGCCUGCUGACCGUCGCCAAGCAGCUCGCGCGCUGGCGCACCAACAACCAGGUCCGCUUCGCCUGGUGGACGGCCGAGGAGGAAGGCCUGCUCGGGUCGGAGCACUACGUCAACGUCGCCGCGGGCUCGGAGCUCGACAAGGUCAGGUUGUACCUCAACUUCGACAUGAUCGCCUCGCCCAACUACGUCCUGGGCAUCUACGACGGCGACGGGAGCGCGUACAACCUGUCCGGGCCCGCGGGGUCGGCCGAGGCCGAGAAGCUGUUCGAGGAGUGGUACCGAUCGGAAGGGUUACCCUUCGUCGGGUCCGAGUUCAACGGGCGCAGCGACUACGGGCCCUUUCUAGACCAGGGCGUGCCGUGCGGCGGUCUGGAUACGGGCGCGGACGGGAUCAAAACCGAAGAGCAGGUCGCGCUGUUCGGCGGCACCGCGGGAAUCUGGUACGACCCCAAUUACCACUCGGCGAAGGACAACGUGACGAACCUGAACCUCGAGGCUUUCCAAGCGACGGGCCGCGCUAUCGCGCACGCGGUCGCGACGUACGGGACGAGCUGGGAGGGGUUCCCGGCGCGCAACGUCACGUCAUUGACUAGGAGAUCGUCGGUAUACUCCAAGUACAAGACCCUUUCGAGAAAGUCCAGGGGUGGAAAGAAGACCUACUAG